AUGAGCACUCCUAUUAUUGAACCCCUCCCCUCGUCGAACAUCAUUCACAUAAGUUCGGGUAGUCACAGUUGUAUCGCAAGGUUAGUUCACUCGGGAUUAUAUUCGAGACAGAACAUUCAUAAACAUGUGAUACGGACAUAUUUUGAUGCUCACGCCGCCGGAAAUCAUCACAUCGUCUUUGUCGAUUCCGUGGUCAGGUACCGUCUACCCCUACGCCUACCGUCUAUUCCCAACUUUAUACCAUUUUUUCGCGCGAGUAAUUGUAGACUCUGGAGUAUUAACAACGAAAUUAGCUUGAGGAUCAUCACGAAGCUGGAGUUUAACGAACAAAAUAAGGUCGUAAGGCACGAGGAUGUGUGGAGCCUAAAGGAUUUGGUAGAGUCGAUGCCGAUAAUUGGAUGGUUGUACGCGGAGGUGGCAAGGAAGGCGGCGGGAUUGAUGACUAAUGGUAUCGUGAUGUUGAUACAGGAGUUGACCAAGACGUGGGUGGAAUGA